CAAAUUUAUAAUCGACAUUGUUUGGUGGUGCUUAUAGAUUAAGGGAGAAAGAGUCUUGUAAUGGUGAUGAGAAAGCUUCAGCUAGAGCUACCAUUGAACCAGACGCAAAAGGUCAGGUUUAAGAGAGCUAUGGAGCGGCUACAAUUCUUAUCAUCGACAACAAACAACUCUGUUAUCGUCGCCGACUCCAUUCACGAAGAUGCCUUCCUCCUUAAGGGACACGGAACUUCCGAGGUCGAUGGUGAGUUGAUGGCGACGGUCUGUGGAGUUGUGACUCACGUGGACAAGCUCGUCUAUAUACGUACCUUGCGAGCCAGGUACAAGCCUGAGGUUAAAGAUAUUGUGGUAGGACGUGUCAUCGAGGUCUCAAAAAGCUGUUGGAGAUUGGAGCUCAACUCUACUAAAGAUGGAAUUUUGAAGCUUUCUUCUAUGGAUAAUGAUGUUCAGAGGCGUAAAACGUAUGUGGAUGAACUCAAUAUGCGGAAUAUCAUUGUAGAAGAUGAUGUCGUUUGUGCCGAAGUAGGAUGUAUUCACCGCGAUGGCGGUUUGGAGCUACGAGCUACAAGUUACAAAUAUGGCAAGCUUGAAAAGGGACAACAUCUGAUGGUUGAUCCUUACUUGGUUAAGAGAAGCAACAUUCACUUUCAUUACAUAGAAAGUCUUGGGAUCGAUUUGAUUAUCGGCCGCAAUGGCUUUAUUUGGGUUGGGGAACACGUCCAAGCACAAGAUCAUAUGAUUUUGGAUGAUGAGAUGAUCAAACAUACUUCACUUGAGACUCGACAAAGCAUUCUCAGAAUCGGGAAUGCGAUACGAGUUUUGUCUAAUCUAGGCUUCACCAUGACUCUAGAAGUGAUUAUGGAAACUUUUAACUUAAGCAACGCUGAGAAUAUUGACGUAUAUGACAUGCUUGGAUCAGAGUUUCACGUUUUGGUCGCAGAGAAUGAACUUGAAAGAAGAAUAAGACGUGCAUAGAGGAAAAAUGUGAAAGCUUCAUCAAAAGCUUUUUUGAUGUUUUUUUUCGGUUGCUCGUUCGAUAGAGACUUGUUAAAGAUACAUGUCGGCUUGUUCUGACUACUUCUACAAACUCAAAAUUAUAAAAUCUGAUUAUGGAUAUGUUUGGUAUCAAAGAUUAAGAGGUGGAGGGUUCUAACUUCUCGUUGGACCAAUAUCUUUUGGUGCUUGGAGCCCAUGAUUCAUGAAGGCAGGUUCUAUUCUAAGUAA